GACAGUCUUUCAACUCACAGUGAACUCUCAGGCAGCAACGAAUGUCUCCCUGAGAACGCUAAAGUGAGAAAAAAAAGGAGGGAUGUUCACUGGAAUGUUAAAAGCCUUUAAACCUGCUGAGCUCACAGUACCUGCACAGGAAGAUGAAUCUGUUGAGAGUGAACUCUCAGCCAGCAAUGACAAUCUCUCAGAUAUCAACACAAAGGAGAAAGGAGGAAUGUUCAGUGGAAUGUUCAGAUCCAAAUCUCCCAAACGUUCUAAAGAUCUUACACCUGCACAGGAAGGCGAAUCGCAAGAUGAACUCUCCGCCAGCAAUGAGAGUCUCUCGGAUAUCAACACAAAGGAGAAAGGAGGACUGUUUGGUGGAAUGUUCAAAUCCAAGUCCGACAAAACGUCUGAAGAUCCCGUACCUGCACAGGACAAUGUUUCUACACACAGUGAACUGUCAGCCAGCAACGACAGUCUCUCUGACAACGCAAAGGAAAAAGGAGGGAUGUUCACUGGAAUGUUCAAAAGAGCCGCUAAGCCUGCUCAGAAAAAUGAAUCCGCAAGCGAUGAACUCUCAGCCAGCAACGAAAAUCUCUUGGAUAUCAACCCAAAAGAAAAAGGAGGGAUGUUCAGUGGAAUGUUCAGAAAAUCUCCCAAACCUGCUGGAGACCCUACACCUGCACAGGACAUGGGAUUCCCAAACAGUGAACUCUCAGCCAGCAAUGACAGUUUGUCUGAGAACAACUCAAAGGAAAAAGGAGGGAAGUUUGCGGGAAUUUUCCGGAGAACUCCUAAACCUGCCGAGGGUGCUGUACCUGUACAGGUUUCCAUGGAUACUGAAGGUGGAGAUGAGAAGAGGGAGCAGUCAUUGAGGAUGAAGAGGAGGGUAUCAUUCAGAGUGAGGAGAACGCUUCCUAGAACUCCAAAAAUUCGGUCCCCAGCAAAGGACUCCGAGGAAGAGGACCUGUUGGCUGAGUCUUUUGAAAUAGAGGAUUUGAGCUCAGUGCAGGAGAGCUCAGUGGAGAUCGAGAUGGUGGAGAUGGCCCCUUUGCCCAAAGAAGGAAACCCCCUCGACUCCGAUGAGGAUGAUGAUGGCUUGCUGGAAUGGUGGAGAACAGUAGAAGGUUGGGAUGAAUGGAAUGAAUCCUCAAACUUUCAAGACGAUGAGGAAGAGCUGGCUGUCGAGCAGGCCGCUGACCGUGUGUACCUGGCGGCUCAGCUGUUCGUGCGCCUCUUUAACCAGCGGGGAGGGUCCUUGCAAAAGCGCAUCUUGGAGCUCCUCACUCUGGCUGACGAAGCCGAUAACUUUCACAAGCGCACCGUGGCGGCCAGCAUGGGCGGUGGAGUGGCCAGCGUGCUCGGGAGCGUGACCACCAUCACGGGCCUCAUCCUCGCCCCCUUCACCUUCGGAACCUCCAUCAUCGUCACGGCCGUGGGCAUCGGCGUGGCAACCGCGGGCAGCAUCGCCUCCGCCUCUGCCAACAUCACGGACACUGUCCAUUCCAACAUGGACCGCAAGAAGGUGGAAAAAAUGAUCCAGGGCUACCAAGAGGAGAUAAAGGACAUCCGGGAAUGCAUGGAAUUUGUACAGGACGGGAUGGAUGCACUACAAGAGAGGAACUUUGAGAAGUACACAGAGAGUGUAUCAAAACGUGCCCUGAAUCAGAAUGUCAAACACGUCGUGAAGGAAGGCGCUCGAGCAGGCAAGGCUCUAAUGAUCAACACAGACCAACUGAUCAGCACCGUGCAAGUACUGAGUGUAGCAGGUGGUGCUGCCAAAGCUGCCCAGGCAAUCAGUGUCACCACUGGUGUCAUGUCAGCACUCUUCCUCGCUCUCGACAUCUUCUUCCUCGCCAAGGACUCUCAUGAGCUGCGCAAGGGUGCCAAGACGCAGUUCGCUACCAAGCUCCGUGAGGUGUGCAAGGAACUACAGGGUGGACUGCUAGAAUUGAACAGAGUCAAAACAGAGCUGCAGAAGACCAUGGAUGGCAUUGAGGUAGAAGAGGUUGAAGAGGAUGUGGAAGAGGAGGAGGAUGAAGAGGAUUUGGACCUUGAGUCUGACCCAGUAAAACUGGCCCAACUGGAGGAGGAGAUAAACCAGAUAGAACAGAAACUGGACCAGGAAGUUCUGGAGAAGAAAAAAGAGGGGGAGGGAGAGGGAAGAAAGGAGUCCAGAAGAAAUGAUAGUAAGGAAGACCAUGUAAAGCCCCAAGGCGAAAAGACAGAAAUGGAUGAAAAAGAAAGUGGGAAGGGAGAGAAUGAGGAAAGAGUAGAAAAAGAAGGGAAGGUAGAAGGUGAAAGUGGAAAAUGUAGAAUAGAUGAGCUGGCAAAAGAUGGGAACCAACAAAAUGAAAAAAGAAAACUGAAUGAACAAGAGAAGAGUGCAGAAGGAGGAGGGGAGCAAGAAGGAAAAAAGAAAAAGGGAGAAGAGGAUGAACAGGGGGAUAGGGCAAAGACAUCAGUGGAUGACCACGGAAAUAACGGAAAAAGAGAGGGGAAUGCACAAAGGAAAAAGGAACAUAGCGGGCGAAUGGAAUGGAGCAAAAACUUGGAGAGAGGGAAGGAUGAAUCUGCUGAAAAGGAAACCAGAUGGGGGAGUGAGCAACAGAACAAGAAGAGCCAGAGGGAUGAAUGGAGGAAGGAUGCAAAGAGAGGGGGAGAUGAACAGGAUAAAGAAAGCAGAGAGGGAGAUGAAUGGAGGAAGAAUGCAAAACUGGAGAGGGAUGCACAAAAGAAAGAACCAAAAGAGGAUAAUGGACAAUGGAAGGAUAUAAAGACAGUGGAGAAUGAACGAGGGAAGAGUGGAAAGGGUGAGGGGGAUGAACGACGGAAGGAUACAAAGAGAGAGGGGGAUGAACAAUGGAAGGAUACAAGGAGAGAGGGGGACAGGCAGGGGAAAAGUGGAAAGGGAGAGGGGGAUGAACGAUGGAAGGAUGCAAGGAGAGAUGUGGACAGGCAAGGGAAAAGUGGAAAGGGAGAGGGGGAUGAACGAUGGAAAGAUGCGAAGAGAGAUCGGGAUGAACGAGGGAAAAGUGGAAGAAGAGAGGGGGAUGAACAAUGGAAGGAUGCGAAGAGAGAUCAGGAUGAACGAGGGAAAAGUGGAAGAAGAGAGGGGGAUGAACAAUGGAAGGAUGCGAAGAGAGAUCGGGAUGAACGAGGGACAAGUAGAAAGAAAGAGUGGAAGAGUGGGAAGACAGAACAGGAUGUGUUGAACUCCAUUCCUCCACCAGCUCGGCCGCGAUCCAAAGCCAUAUCCCACAGUGCAGAAGAGACUAGGUGGGAGGAACCAGUCACAGACCUAAAGGCCCCGCCCCCUGUCCCACACAAGAAGCGCUCUUCCCACAGAGAGCCUCUGUCAAUCUGACCCCAUAACAAAUGAAGAAUGCAAGUGUGUCUGCUAGUUCAGCAGAUCCUGGAGAUUACACAAGCUCCCGAACCAAAUGUUAAUAUUCAUCCAGUCUAUUUAGUUAAUUUUGAUAUUUUAUUGGGCCACUUGUAUACUAAUUCUCUAUUUACAGUAUUCAUAGAUUUUCAUUUUAGGAAAAAUAAGCUAUUCAUUUUUUGGGAAGGGGAAUGGGUUCCUACAGAAGACAUCUUUUUUUUGUUUUUCUAUAUUUAUUUAUUUUUUUGGCAAAUAUGGAAGAUGAGUUCAAGCCUGGGCUGGAUAGAAACACUGGUUUCUAGGCACUUUAUUCUGUCGUGACUGUUUGGGUCCUCACUGUUCUCAUGUUGCUACCACUUCACUUUGUAUUUAAUUAAUAGUUUCCCCACCUGAAAGGUUUCAAAUGAAGAACACUACAAAAAUUUCUGAAUGUAUGUUUGAUCACCCUUUUUGUUUAAUUUAAAACCAACGUUUGGUGAGGGGAAUCACACUUAGGGUAGUGCUACUUGCCAAAUUGCCCAUGUCAGUGUGUAUGUCUAGUUCACUGAGUGUUGGAAUCGGUUUUCAGUAUGUUGUAUAAGGUAUGGACUCGAUAUAGAUUAUGGCUGCUAGCAAUGAAUUCUUAAGGGCCCUUACCGUUUUAUUGUGCCCUUAUUUUUAAUGGUAAAUUAUUUGGUUUCAUAUUUCUGUUUUGUAUAAUUUUUCAGAUUUUUAGGAUUAUCUUGCUCUAUUUAUAGGUGGUCGGUUUGUAAGUGACAAUAAAGAUCUUUUUAAUCGUGUUA